UUGGAUUGCACUUUCCCCGUUCAGGUUUCCUGGGUGAGGUGCAGGGAGUUGAGGUCGGGACGAUACAGGGAACCCGGAGCAAAGUCUGGAAAGAAAUCCGUGCCAACAUGGUGUUUCUACUCACCGUCGCCUUCUUGUGCAUCACAUCGGGUGUCCUGGCUCAGAGCAAUAACUACAAUGGGCAGGGUGAGAAUUUGGCGCUCCAAGGCCGGGCCACUCAGUCUUCUGUAUACUACGAUUAUGUUUAUGGAUAUUUGGCGAUGGCUAUCAACGCCAUUGAUGGAAACAUGGAUCCCAACUUCCAACAUGGAUCCUGUUCCUACACCAACAACGAAAUGUCCCCCUGGUGGCGGCUGGAUUUACUGGACUCCUAUCAGAUAUCCCAGGUGGUGGUGACAAACAGGGGCGACUGCUGCGGAGAUUUAAUCAACGGAGCUCAGAUCCUCGUUGGGGAUUCGAUGGAAAACAAUGGCAAUAACAAUCCCAGCUGCGCAGAAAUCUUUUCCAUGCAGAACGGAGAGACCCAAGCCUUCGAGUGCAAUGGGAUGGUCGGCCGCUUCGUCAACAUCAUUCUCCCGGGGCAACAGCAGUAUCUGACGCUGUGCGAGGUUCAGGUCUACGGGCAGCCGGUGACCAAGGGUUCUUCUUAAACAUCAACAUGAACGAAAAAUAAAAAUUAAACCAAUAAUAAUAAAAUUUGAUAUAAAUCGAUGAAAAAAUCAGAAAAUUAAAAUUCCCAAAAACAUUUAUUCCAAGAUGAACGGCUACAACGUAGGGAUGGAACCACUACACCGGGUGUUCUUCUAUCUUCUCCAGCCUUCCUCCCAAGGUCUUGCUGUACUACAACUCCCAGAAUUCAUGUAGAUCCCUCCUCUGUGUAAUGAUAUGUGUGAUUGUUUUUGGAAUCUGUUAUUCAUGGUGGAGAACCACGGCACAUUAAAAAGGUCAAAAUUGUUUUAUUCCAUA